AUGAAGGCCUCUUUCAUCGCUACCGUCGCCGCUCUGGCCAGCUCUGCUUUCGCCGCUCCUACCCCAUUUGGUGGCCUUGACAGCGUCCUCGGUGAUCUCAAGGUUGGCGACAUCACCAAGGAGCUCAAGCUUUCUGAGGUUCCCACUGUCUCUAAGCUCGGUGACCUGACUAAGGUCCUGAACCUUCCCGCCUCCCCCUCUGCCAGCAGCACCCCCGCUGUCCAGGACGGUCACGUCGUCCAGAACCUCGGACCCCAGCUCGACAACAUCCUGACCGUUGUUGGCCCUGACGCUACCACCCUGCUCAUUGAGCUCUCCCCUGAGGUUUCUGCCCUCGUCUCCGGCCUUGGUCUCGGCGCCCUCGGUGCUCCCCUCGGUUCCAUCGUCGCCUCCGCCUCCAGCCUUGGUGCUCUGGUCACUGGCCUUGGCCCCGUCGUCGACGGCCUCGUCACUGUUGUCGGCACUGACGUCGGUGCUCUCCUCAUCAGCCUCUCCCCUGAGGUUUCUGGCCUCGUUUCUGGCCUUGGUCUACCUACCGUUGGUGUCCCCGUCGGUACCGUUGUUGCUACUCUCGGCAAGAACCUUAAGCGUGGCGAGAUUGUCCAGGACCUUGCCCCCAUGGCCAAGACCACCCUGACUGUCACCGGCCAGAACGCCAAGCAGCUUCUCAUCGAGCUCUCCCCCUCCGUCACCUCCCUCGUUGCUGGCCUCGGUCUGACCACCAUCUCCGGCCCCAUUGGCUCCAUCGUCGCUGAGGCCGCUGAUGUUGGUGACCUCGUCAAGGAUAUCUCCGAGCCCGUUGAGAACCUCCUCCACAUUGUCGGCAAGGACGGCAAGCACCUCCUCGUCAAGCUGUCUUCCUCUGUCGUUGAGCUUGUUACUGGUCUCGGCCUUCCCACUGUUGCCACCCCCCUCGGUGCCAUCCUCACCACCGUCGCCCAGAACCUGUAA